AUGUCUCCGAGACCUUACGUGCUCAGUGGAUAUGACGGCGGAUACGCGAACAUACCUCGACGAAGUCACGCUCCAGUCGUUCACAGAAACGCAGAAACAAUGGCCUACGUGCCAUCUUCAGACGUGCCGUCGGCAUUUCUAUUCAACACCGUUCUCAUUUUCGAGAUUUUCAAGAAAGGCGCCUUCACACUUUUGCCGCUCAUCAUCAUCCAGUGGAGCGUAGCGGCUAGAAGCGUGGUGAAACCCUUGCUGGCACCACCCAUCGCUGCAGUUUGCGAUGGUCCCACCACGGUUCCAGCUGCUGCCUUCACCAUGCCGCUUCGAGCGCGCACGCAACUACACUGCAACCGCACUCGUGAUUCACGUCGUUUUGACCCGAUUAUUGGAGCAGCCACGGAUCUCCCUCACUAG